AUGUACAAUUGUGAUAUUGAAAACCAAAAUGUAUUUGUUAGUAGUUUUGGCGAUUUCGAAUGUUCAAUUCUAAAUACAACUACCACUUUUCCAAUUGGUUGUUCAACAAAUUCAAAUUUAACCUCCUAUUAUAAUUGUGUUGAAGAGAUAACUCCAACACCAUUAUCUUGUAUUAUUUCCACUUUUGGUGCUCGUCAAUGUGAUAAAACUCAAAUAAUUCACUAA